CACAAGGAUGAUUCAGCCUGUGCGGCUGAUCAAGGAUGCAUACCAAGCGGAGCCCUGCGGUGACAAGUACGGCGAAUUGCAAGACAGGCCCCAUAUGUCUGCCGUUUUCACGGGGAUCAAAUCCAUCAUGCCAGCGAGUGAACAAAUUGCUGCCCGAGAGUCUUCCACGAAGUAUAUGGAAAAGGUAAGGAAGGCUGACGGGAGCUUCGAAUACGUCGAGAAAGAUGCAGCGCAUGAAUCGUCCUCCAAAAAACAGAAUCUGAGAUGGGUCAUGGACAUCCUGAUGUUUGCAUUGAGGGGCGGAGCAUGGUGCAUUGAUGGUGUUGCAACCUGGGUUCCUCGUGUCAUUGCCGAAUGUAAAUGGAGUCUCAAGCCGGAGGAUGUAUAUCAAGUUUCUUUGGGGGGUGCAAGGCUCUUUGUGGAUAGAUUGCAGAAGAGGCUGCCGAUUGACCGCUUGUACUUGAAGGUGUGGUCUGCAAAAGAAUAUCGGUACUCUAUCUUGGAUGUGUUUGGCUACGUGAGGUUGAGGGAUGGAAGAGUUACUCCUGAGUCAGUCAGUAUAUUUGAAAAGUUUCCGAGCUGCGAAGACGGUGUGGAGAUUCUUUUCAAGAGGAGGCAUUCAAGGAUGCCUCCACAUCCGUUCAAGACAUGGAACAGUUGUUCCAGGAGCGUGAGAUGGAGUUUCAAGCACGCUUUUGUGGAAUCAGAUUACCCACCGAAAUCGUCGCCCCUGUUGGAGUCCUUUAUAUAAGUCAGGAGAGUCGCCCGUUUCCCACAGGAUCAGAAGUUGUUGAAGAAAAGGAUGCCUAUGUGUUUUAUCAAGGAAUGUUACGGGCGCUUGGCAGCAACGCAAUUCUUGGCUGGGAAGAGGAACAAUUGGAGGCAAAUAUUAGAGAAAGGUUGGGCGAGAGCGUUAACAAGUAUCCCUUUGUCAACUGGCAAGAAAAUGAUAUAAAUGUAACUCGGAGAUGAGGAUUAAAAAGGAGGAAGGCUCUGGCUGACAAUUAGCACAAUGUAACGUUCCAACACAGCGGCGCUGUUUUGGAUCUGGAUUUUAAUAAAAUGCUGAGUAAUAUUUUUAAAA